AUGUCUGAUUGGUCGGAUAAUCAAUAUUUUCCAUCUCAACCAGUUUUACAUGGAACGGUCCGGUCGUCUUACUUAUGGAAUUAUGACAGAAACUCGCAAGAAUUUGGUUUAAAUUCGGCACGAUCGAGUGGAUCAUUUACAUCAAAAAAUCAAGAACAUAAUACUUCAGGUAUACUAAGACAAGAAUCGAUUAUACAAGAUGCCUGGUCUGAUACUUCCACUCAACAAAUACGGCCAUCCCGUUUGACACCGAUGAUUAAUCUUAUAAAAUCAUCACCAUCGUGGAAACGAAUUUUAUUCGAAUUUGGACUUGUCUUGCUACUUUCAUCAGCUAUUAUCUUACCCAUUGUCCUUCCGUAUACGCUCGCUAAUACCAGUAAAAUAACAACUACAACAUGCCAGACUGCGACUACUAGUAUCACAUUAAAUUCAGCAACUACGUCCACUUCUACAAGCAGCUCAACAUCGACAUCAAGUACGUCUACAACAAGUGUAACAACCACCACAUCUACUGCUCUUGCUAGCUGCACCUCAACUUGUGUGAAUACUACAAUAACAAUAUCUUUAAAUCUGAUUACACUAUACUCAUUCGAUUCGAACACAAACGAUCAACAAAAUGUGCAUAACGGUGUCAUUAAUAAUGGAGCUGCAUUUGCUGCUGGUUAUGUUUUGGAUGCGCUUUACCUAAAUGGCCCAAGUCAAUUUGUUAGUGCAACAUAUAUCGAUUUUACUUUUAAAAGUUUUACCAUUGAAACAUGGUUCUAUUUAACUGCUCUGAACAUGUCCGAUUGUAACAUUUUCGGAGAAUGUGAAGCGAGUGCAGUUGAUCGGUGUCUGCAUCUUAUCAUUCGUAACAAACUCUUGUUUAUGGGCUUUUAUAAUGAUGACUGUGUUGGGAGUACAGUCUUGUCAACGGGGCAAUGGUAUCAUGUUGCAUUUGUUUACGAUUAUGCAAAUUUUCAGCAUUUGAUAUAUCUGAAUGGUUAUCUUGAUGGUUCAACAUCCUUAGGGACAGGUCCUUAUGUUGGACAGUCGGGUAAUGUGACUAUUGGUUUUACUGGUGAAACUUCUGGAGUAUUUUAUUAUCAUGGUUAUAUUGAUCAAUUAUCAAUAACAGCUCGUGCCAAAAGUGCGUGUGAAAUACUUAACGAUGCUACAUUAGUAGCACAUUUCUCUUUCGAUAAUACAUGGAGCGAUUCUGGUCCAAAUAGUCUUUCAUACAACGUUCCUCAACAAGGUAAUCCAGGAAUGUCAUUCGUCACUGGUCAUAAAAAUCAAGGUUUAUUAUUCGGUGCUAAUAGUGCUUUUUUUCAGUCAUACAGUUACACAGCUUUAGGAAAAAUUAACCAACCUUAUACAUUAGCUCUAUGGAUAAAACCAACAUAUCUUAAUGGUACCGUUUUACAUUUAUCAUCAGAUUCAACAGGCGCAGGCGGUUGGGUUAUUCCAGUAAUGGGAUUCACUUCGGGAUCGAACUUUGCUAUACACACAUGGACAGGUUCAUCUACCUACAUUGUCGGUCCUAUUCUCCCUUUAGGAAAUUGGACACAUGUUGUACAAACGUGGGGUACUUCAUAUGGUCUUCGAUUAUACAUUAAUGGUGCACCAUAUGCCAGUGUUACUGCUGCAACAUUUAGUGCUAGUCAGUCACAAAUGUAUCUGACCGUAGGAAAUUCAUUGGUCGGAGGUACAUAUAAUUAUGGACCAUUUGGUGGGACAACGGGUGCGUUUUGGGGAGCGGUUGACGAAUUUUAUGUUUAUAGCCGAGAAUUAUCAGCACAAGAUGUUUGCGUGCUGUUUCAAAUGUAA